AGCGGCUCGUUGCGUGGCCACAUUAUCAGACGUUAUAUAGCCAGUGUCAGUGGCGUGCUGCAGAUAUAUCCUGGUUGCCUGUUGAGCAGCAGCUAUGAUGCAACACGACGUCCCUGGUUCCGGCAGGCCAUGGCCCAGCCGGGGCGCAUUGUCAGCACAGCGCCGUAUCUGGAUGCCGGUGGAGCGGGCUAUGUGGUGACGAUAGCGCAUACGAUAUUUGAGGGCAAAGCGGAUGCCUUACACUCGGCACAGCAGGAUCGGCCUGUGGCUGUGGUCGCCCUGGAUGUGCCGUACGCCUUCUACUAUCGGCUUAUCCUGGACAGCACGCCGGUGUGCACGCAGCCGCAUAUGAAGUGCCUGCUGUUCGAGCACGAAGGCUAUUUGCUGGCGCAUCCCAGCAUGCUGGAGGUGUCCACGCACACGCGCAAUCAACGCCGGCCCCACGAGCAUCUGACGCACAAGGAAUCCUAUCUGGCCAACGAUAUGCUAAACCAUGCCCAACUGGUGCGCAAGCUGGGCUGUGGCAGCUAUCAGAAUCGGACGCUGCAACGGUACUACGCCUUCAACACAUCUCUGGCCACC